AUGACAACCGUAUGGCCACGCCAUAUUCUUAAUACCUUCCCCUGUCCAGCUAUUUAUGCAGGCGACUUUAACAGUCCCCAUACCAACUGGAAAUAUAACCAUAAUAAUCCCAACGGAGAAGCACUUGUCGAGUGGGCUGAAGUGCAUAGACUCCACUUAGUAUAUGAUGCAAAGAACAGAGCAUCUUUCAGAUCUGCUGCGUGGAAUAGAGAAUUCAUUCCGGACUUAACAUUUGUGACUUGCGAUGAUAAAGGGCAACCGAUCGAUAUAGCCAGAAAGCUCCCCAGACAAAGAUGGAACUUCAGAAAAGCCAAUUGGAGCCAGUAUAAGGAGGAACUUGAGAACUGCAUAGGUAGAAUUCCUCCCAAGUAUAAGAACUACCAUAGGUUUACCGGACUCCUUAAAUCAAUUGCCAAAAAACAUAUUCCUAGGGGUUACCGAAAAGAAUAUAUUCCAGGCUGGAGUUCACAUAGCGAAGAUCUGUACAAAAAUUUCCUGCGCAGCAAAGACCCUGAAAUUGGAGACGAACUUCUUCAUUCCCUGGACGCAGCCCGCAGGACUAGGUGGAUCGAAACAACUGAAAGUCUUAAUUUUCAGCAUUCCAGUAGAAAGGCUUGGAGUCUCCUUAAAAAGUUGGGUGCUAGUAAUCCGGUGAAACGCGAGGACCCUGAAGCCAAUAGCACCGAAGAGUGCCACCUUUCUAUGCCUUUCGAUAAAGAUGAGAUAACGGAAGCCUUAACGAAUAUCAAAAUGGGAAAAGCACCGGGGUUCGAUGGAAUUCAUAACGAAUUUCUCAUUAAUACAGGACCAAAUGUAAGACAAUGGUUGGCAAAUUUCUUUACCGAUAUAUUGAAUAAUAGUGAGAUCGCUAAAGACAUGAAGAAAGCAAAAAUAAUUUCUGUCUUAAAGCCUGGCAAACCUAAAGACAGUCCAGAAAGUUACAGACCCAUUUCCCUUCUAAGCUCUUGCUAUAAACUCCUAGAAAGGCUAAUUUUAGAAAGAAUAGUGGGAAUAGUAAACAACUGUGUGCCAGCAUAUAAAGCAGAAUUUCGACCAAAUCGUAGCUGUACAGACCAGAGAUAUUUAUUUAAUCUGAUGCUUUUGAUGGUCGAAUUUAAUUAA